UCAUCCCCUCCAAUCCUCAGCUGUUCUUCUCUGUGGAGGAAGGGCAGGAGAAAGAGAGAGUUUCUCACCAGCAACCUUCCGUCAGCAGUCUGCUCGGGGAGCGCGUCAGAGGAGCCAGAGGCCAAACCUGGGAUUGUGGAGUGUGAAGCAGCUCGUUGUGGUGGGAGCGACUGGGAGCUGCAGGAGAGAAGGCCGGCAGUGGUGACUGUUCUGUUUCCCGUCAGUAACGUCCUCGAGCAUCCGUCGCCAUGGCAGCUGAGAAAGCUGAAAUAGACAAACUGAAAAAGGAGUGUGACGCCCUCCGCACACAGAUUGAGGCGGCUCGUAAGGCGGUGAAUGACACCACCAUGACAGCAGCAGCCGGCGGUGUCGCCUCAGUGGGCCGGGUCCAGCUGAAGCUCAGGAAGACGCUCAAAGGUCACCUGGCUAAGAUCUAUGCCAUGCACUGGGCUGCAGACUCCAGGCAAAUGGUCAGUGCGUCACAGGAUGGAAAGCUGCUCAUCUGGGACACUUUCACUGGAAACAAGCUGGUUGCCGUCCCGCUGAAGUCUGCCUGGGUGAUGAGCGUCGCCUUCGCCCCCUCCGGUAACCUGGUGGCCAGCGGUGGUCUGGAUAACAUCUGCACGGUCUACAACAUCAAGUCCGCCAGCCCCAAGACCCUCAGGGAGCUGGACGCACACACAGGGUACUUGUCUUGCUGCCGCUUCCUGAGUGAUUCUGAGAUCCUGACCGCCUCCGGUGACACCACCUGCUGUCUCUGGGACAUAGAGACGGGCAAGCAGAAGACAGUCUACACCAAUCACAUCGGGGACUGCAUGUCUCUGGCUCUGUCUCCGGACAUGAAGUUCUUCAUCUCCGGAGCCUGCGACUCUCUGGCCAAGCUGUGGGACCUGAGGGAAGGGACCUGCAAGCAGACCUUCUCCGGACACACCAGUGACAUCAACGCCAUAUCUUUCUUCAACAGUGGAAAUGUGAUCAUCACCGGCUCCGACGACUGUUCCUGCAAGAUGUACGACCUGCGCUCCGACCAGGAGGUCAUGGCCUACGCCGACCCCACCCUGAACGCCGGCGUCACAUCCCUGGCCCUCUCCAACUCGGGCCGCCUCAUCUUUGCAGGUUAUGACGACUUCAACUGCCACAUCUGGGACUCGCUGAAGGGAGAGAAAGUUGGUGUUCUCUCCGGCCACGACAACAGGGUGAGCUGCACCGGCGUCCCCAAUGACGGGAUGGGCGUCUGCACAGGAUCCUGGGACAGUUUCCUCAAACUGUGGAACUGAGAUGUUCCAGGAAUGGAGAACCACAAAAAUAAAAGGCACCUACAGAAGAAAAGAGGAGGAGAAAGAGAAGGAGAGGAGGAAGGGGUGAAAAUAUGAAAGAGGAGAGAAGAUGCGUGCAAAACGACCUUCUCCUCUCUCUGUCUUCAUCCCUUCCUCUUCCUCUUCCUCUUCCUCGUGAAAGAGCCACGUUGUAUAAAAGGCCUCGUUUAAACGCUGCGUCCUGCUGGAUGAACAGAAGAGCUUCCAGGCGCUCAAACACGUUUCUAAAAAUAGAACAUUAAAAAAAUCAGCAAAGCAAAAAUUAAGAGCAUCAAGAACCUGUAGAUGUUUAAAAAUAAACGAAGAAAAUGCAUACAUGUUGAACAUUUUGUCAUAGAAUGAGAUAUUUAUUUUUGUCUUGGAGAUCUUUGACCUGUAAAAAACCCAACUUAGAUGAAAGACUGUAAAUUUAUUAAUAACUAGAAUAAAGAAUUAUUGUAUAUUUUGUUGAAGGGCAAAGCAAAGUUAUCACCUGCUAACGCAGAUCAGGUUAACUCCAAGAUGGCGGAUGUGUGUCCAUCUCUGUGAUCAUGUGACUGUCCCAAAUAAAUUAUGAUUUAAAGGUUGACUUUAUAAACUAAACAAAAGUCUUUAAAAACCCGUGAGGCUAAUUUCACCUCCCUGGGCUCUGCAGCAUUUUGUAGUUCUCGUGCAAUUCAUGUAAAAAAAAAAAAAUGUUUCUGGAAAAUCUUUCUAAUAAAUAGUUCUGCAUUGAAAUCAA